AUGGGUAUCUCACGUGAUUCUCGACACAAGCGUAGGAAGACCGGGGGUCGUAUGCCAAUUCACAAGAAAAAGCGAGCUUUUGAAAAGGCCAGACAGCCAGCUAUGACUAAGCUUGGCCCAAAGCGUAUUCACCCAGUCCGUGGCCGUGGAGGAAACCUCAAAUAUAGAGCCCUUCGUUUAGAUGCAGGCAACUUCUCAUGGGCAAGCCAAAACGUGACCAUUAAAAGCCGUAUCCUCUGGGUUGUUUACAAUGCAACCAAUAACGAGCUGGUAAGAACCAACACCAUCACCAAAAAUACCAUCUUAGAAGUCGACGCAACCCCAUUCAAAGCAUUUUUCUAUAAGACCUAUGGACAAGACCUCGGAAAAGUCAAAAAAGAAGAAACAGCGACGAGGUCAGCCAAGGCCCAAGAAAAAUGGGAAAAAAUAUACCUUUUUAUAGUAAAUAUAAGAAAAUAUGGGGAAAAUAUGGGAGAAAGGAGGAAUAGGAUACAAAAAGAAUGGGAAGAAAAUGCUAAGGAGAAGAGAAUUGACCCUACUUUGGAAAGCGAUUUUAAGACUGGAAGACUGCUAGCUUGUAUUACUUCAAGACCUGGGCAAAGUGGAAGAGCUGAUGGGUAUAUUUUGGAAGGAGAAGAGCUAGAAUUUUAUAAGAAGAAACUUGAAAAGAAAAAGACUAAAUAA